AUGCAACCACCAUCCUUCACAGUUUACACUGAAGACCCGAUCGGUUCGACGGUCUCUGCGUCUGAUGACGAUCGGCCCCUGGAUGAUAUCAGUUGGCUGCUUAGCAACGCAGGUGGCGCUAUUCGCCCCACAAUUGUCGCCCACUCGGCUCGUGUCGACGUCUCCGUUCGGAGAGCUGCCGACCGUUCCUGUGAAACGAAUUUCCGGUCCCCAGAUUCUCGGCUGGGGAGUUCGUCACUUGGGGCAGGGGAGAUGCUGCCUGGUGUGGGGUUGCUGCGCAUGGUGAAGAAGGGUUACUUUCGGCAUCUGUUUAUUCGCGAGAUGUGCUGA